AUGCCUAAACGGUGUGCAUUGGGAUGUUCAAACAAGACUUCCUAUCAUCAAUUUCCACAUCCAGAAAAGAAACCUGACCGUUUCAAGGCUUGGGUUCAUAUAGCUGGUGGGAAGUUAGAUAGUCCUGCUGAUUAUGAACUGUAUAGAAAGAAGGUCAUCUGUGAUAUCCAUUUUACAGACAGGGAUAGAAACCGUAAUAACCGGUUGAAUUUUCUAGCUGUGCCAUCACUUCAUCUUCCUGGCAAGUCUGAUGAAGUUGUUACUUCAGAGAAAGUUUUACUUGUACCUGAACCUGUGAAUGAAGAAAGCAGCCUUGCUACAUUAAAACUGACAACGACAGAUAACUCUGCCAGAAUCAAUUCAGAACACAAUUAUUGCCGACUGCAGAAGAAGGCGAUACAUAAAAACAAUAGUAAGUUUUUUUAG